GAAAAGCAAAAAUGGAUUCAAGCAGUUCGACGAAACAAAAAUAACAGUUUUGCACACACAAAUCUGGCCUAAUGUUUGUUCAAAUAUGGCAACGCAAAAACGGCAUGGAAGAAAAGUGGAAAAAUUAAUAAAGGCACAAUUUCCUCGAUUCGUUCGGGAAAACUCGGGUCGGAAAAGUCGGGCCAAGUCGAUUUACAGGUGGUUUAAACCACGGAGUUUUGGAGAAAAUCAAGCUAGUUCCUGCACAGGCCAGCACAAGUGCAGCGGCUAUCGAUCCAGCAGGCCCUGUCGUAUGUAUGCCUUCCUAAAUUUUCUACAACUUUAGUCGAAUUGUUUAACCUAGAAAUAUUCGAAUUUUUCCUCGAUCUUCUUCAACUGUGCUGAUCAGAUUUAAGGGAAAAAGAUGUAACAAUCGUUCAGUACUAAAUGCACAACUCGGGCCAAGAUUUUGGCAACUCCAUUGCUAUGGCAGAAGUGGACAAGAACUGGAAGUGUUCCGAAACUAAAAAUGGAUAUCUUAAGGCCAAGAAGCCAAACCCGGAGCCGCAUCCAGUGGCCACAGUAGUCCAAAUGUCUGGAAGUGGUCCGAAGACGAUCGUGGUGCCCAACGCCAAGCCAUCCAAGGAGAAGUGCCUGUUUGCGACGGUGUUAGCUUUGAUCAUCUUCUGCGGCAUUCUGUUGUUGAUGUUACUCAGUAGCAAAGGAAAAAACUGUCAAGAUUUCAGAGCCAGAGUAUGUUUGACCGAAGAAUGCGUCAGAACAGCAUCAUCUUUAAUGUCUGCCAUGGAUCACAAUGCAGACCCUUGCGUUGAUUUUUUCCAAUAUGCCUGUGGUACAUGGAACAAAAAACAUGUCAUACCUGAAGACAAGAGUUCGAUCAGUACGUUUGAAGUCAUGGCGGACCAAUUACAAGUAAUCCUCAAAGGGGUGCUAGAAGAACCUAUUACUCUGGAAGAUAAUGAAGCAACACGAAAAGCUAAAACCUUCUACAAUACCUGUAUGGACAUUUUCCAGAUUCGCAAAAUCGGAGAUCAGCCGCUUCGUGACGUAUUAGACUCUCUGGGAGGCUGGCCGGUGACAAAAGAGCAAUGGAGUCCGCCAGAUUUCUCCAUCGAAGUGCUUCUGGGAAGACUAAGAGGCAUCUAUAACGAAGGAUUCUUGAUAGAACAGUGGAUAGGACCAGACGACAAGAACAGCUCCGUAAACAUCAUCCAGAUGGACCAAAUGACCUUAGCCUUGCCUAGUAGAGAUUAUUAUUUAAAAUCCAGUAGCGAGGGUGAUAUGAAUGCUUAUCACAAAUACAUGACUAAUAUCGCAGUCCUUCUUGGUGCUAACAAAACCACUGCAGGGACUGAAUUGCAAGAUAUCAUAGAAUUUGAGAAAAAACUAGCAGAGGUAUCGUUGCCUGAACAAGACCGACACGACACAAGUGUAAUGUAUAAAAAAUUAUCCCUUAAAAAAUUGCAAGAAAUCGUGCCCCAAAUAAACUGGCUGGAAUAUUUCAGAUCAUUUUUGGAUGUUGAUAUUAACGAAGACGAACCUGUUGUUGCGUAUGGGCUGCACUAUUUUCUUGAGAUGGGAAAAAUAAUAGCGGAAACAGACAGGCGUACUAUCCACAACUAUGUACUUUGGAGACUAGUUAUGUCCCUGUCCUCGCACAUGAUUGAUGAUUAUCAAAAGGAAAGAGUGGAAUUCCGCAAAAUUUUACAAGGUGUCUUAAGUGAAAGACACAGGUGGUCCCAGUGUGUUGAAUGGACGAACAAGAAGAUAGGCAUGGCGGUAGGAGCGUUAUUUAUCAGAGAUAACUUUAAUCAUGACAGCAAGGAGACUGCCCUCCAAAUGAUCCACACGAUACGAGAGGCGUUCAAUGAACUUUUGGCUGAUAACGAUUGGAUGGACGAUGAAACUAGAGCGGUGGCCAAAGAAAAAGCGGACGCAAUGAACGAGAGGAUCGGAUAUCCGAAGUUAAUAACCGAUCGAGAACAAUUAAUAAAAGAAUACGCAGCACUAAACCUUACUAAAAAAGAUUUUUUAAAGAACAUCCUAAACCUCUUAAAAUUCGACGCUGAACAAAAUUUGCAAAGGCUUCGCCAGCCAGUGGACAAAGAUAAAUGGUCCACGGAACCAGCUGUAGUUAAUGCCUUUUAUAACCCAAAUAAAAACGAUAUAGUUUUCCCGGCCGGUAUACUGCAGCCUCUCUUCUACAGCCAACAUUUUCCAAAAUCCCUAAACUACGGCGGAAUUGGUGUGGUUAUUGGUCAUGAAAUUACCCAUGGGUUUGACGACAAAGGCAGGCAGUUUGACAAAGACGGUAAUAUGAUGCAAUGGUGGAACAACGCUACUAUCAAGGCAUUUCGGGAAAGGACUCAGUGCAUCAUUGACCAGUAUUCUCGGUAUAAAAUAGACGAAGUUGGCCUCUACGUUAACGGUAGAAUGACACAAGGAGAAAAUAUCGCUGACAAUGGAGGAUUAAAGCAAUCAUUUAGGGCCUACAAAAAAUGGGUGGCCCAAUACGGAGAAGAGGACCUCCUCCCCGGUCUCAACCUCACCCACGACCAACUUUUUUUCCUCAACUACGCCCAGAUUUGGUGCGGUUCGAUGCGGCCCGAAGACGCCCUCACCAAAGUAAGGUCCAGCGUCCAUUCGCCCGGACCCAUCCGGGUUCUGGGCCCCUUAUCCAAUUCCUGGGACUUUGCCAAGGCGUACCAGUGUCCCAGGGGUUCCCCCAUGAACCCCACCAACAAAUGUAGCGUUUGGUAAUUGGUAACGUAGCUCCUCCUAUUUUUGGAGGCAGAAUAAUUGAAAUGGUACCGGUGUUAAGAGAGCAAUAGGAUUUAAUAUUUAGAAAAUCGUCACGGUUGGAUAAUGACGUUUGGUACGGAUCCAAUAUGUUGGAUUAUAAUUAGGAAAUGUCGGAAAGAUAUGGAAAUAUUUGUUUCAAGCUGAAUUAUUGUGUUCUCGUUUUUUUUUUUUUUUUAGGUUGCUUUUAAGGGUCCAAAACCAAGUGUAGAUAAAAAAUAAAACGCUAAAUUAGUGUUGUAUUUGAAAAGAUGUUCCCAAUCAAGUACUGAAGUACAUAUUUAUUGUAUAAGGAUUUUGAAGAUAAUGUUCAAACUAAAUAACAUAUUCAAUAAUCUAUUAGCCUUAUCAAAUUAUAGCAGCGUCCUCUAUGCAUUCUUUCUGAGACUACCGCUCUUUUAAUGUUAAACAAAACAGGUUUAAUAUUUGAUAAUGAAAUCCAGAAAAAAAUCUACUCUAUUCUUAAAUAUCUAUCGGUAUUUGUACUCGAUAUUAACUAAAGCAUACUCAUAAAAAAUAUAAAAUUUACUAAUAAUCUGAUUAAAACAUUUGUACAGCAUUUUCGUUGUUGGUUAGGGGGAGUGAUAUAAAAAUGUACCUAACUAUUAUAGUGGGAUACUAAUUUCAAAAUACAUUAAAAUACUAAAAUAAGUACAGAUCACCCGAUAAAAUGUUGGCCUGGAAGUUAUGUUAAUGUUUAUAUUGACGUAGGAAUAUUAUAUCAAGUAGCAAAAAUUAACUAUCUGAAUUCCUUGUUGAUUUUUGACAGAUUAACUUUUAAUGUCAUCACGCAAUCUGUCUAAAUUAGGGUUGUAUCCACAAGUAAAAUCCAGAAUCUCAAUUUUAUAUUCUCUUUAGCAACAAA